AUGUUUUCUGGUCAGGAUGGUCUGAAUUACAGCUUCAACCUGAGCGAUGAUCGGGGACUGGAGGACGUGCCGGCGGGAAGGGGGAAGCUCUCCCCCACGGGUUUCGUAGUGCUGUCCGUGGUGCUGGGCUUCAUCAUGACUUUCGGCUUCCUGAACAACUUCAUUGUCCUGCUUCUCUUUUGCAAAUUCAAGAAACUGCGAACACCGGUCAACAUGCUGCUCCUGAACAUCAGUGUGAGCGACAUGCUGGUGUGUUUGUUCGGCACCACUCUCAGUUUCGCCUCCAGUAUUCGUGGAAAGUGGCUGUUGGGUGCAGCUGGCUGCAGCUGGUACGGCUUCAUCAACUCCUGCUUUGGUAUUGUGUCACUGAUUUCUCUGGUGAUCCUCUCGUACGACCGCUACAGCACUCUGACUGUGUACAACAAACGUGGUCCAGAUUACAGUAAACCUCUGCUGGCUGUUGGGGGCUCUUGGCUGUACUCCUUGCUCUGGACGGUGCCCCCUCUCCUGGGCUGGAGCAGCUAUGACAUAGAAGGGGCAGGAACAAGCUGCUCUGUGUCCUGGACGGUUCACACAGCCCAGUCGCAUUCCUACAUCAUCUGCCUUUUCACUUUCUGCCUGGGUCUACCUGUAUUGGUGAUGAUCUACUGCUAUGGCAGGCUGCUAUGGGCCGUCAAACAGGUAUAGCGACUGUGUGUGGGUAAGAUCCGAAAGACUGCAGCCAGGAGGAGAGAGUACCACAUACUGUUCAUGGUUCUGACCACAGCAGCCUGUUACUUGUUGUGCUGGAUGCCGUAUGGUGUUGUGGCCAUGAUGGCGACCUUUGGACCACCCAACAUCAUCAGUCCCGUGGCCAGUGUGGUGCCCUCACUGCUGGCCAAGAGCAGCACUGUCAUCAACCCUCUCAUCUAUAUACUUAUGAACAAACAAUGGGAUAUACUGUAA